CAUGAUCUUCGCGCGGAAGAUGCUGUUGUUGAGGCGCAGGCUGUUGCUGUACAACAACCUGAUAGGUGACACGGAAACCAGAUUAAUCCUGCCGACGCUGGAACGAAAGUUUGCACAGUGGCACAAAUGCUGCAAGACGGAAAGAAAAUGUGUUUGUGCCGCAACUACCCACUCGAGGAGGCGGAGCAUUUUCGCUUACAGGAGCAUUUAGGAGCACGUCGGCAGGUGGUAAUUUGUGGAAUACAAGACGGCCUGAACGAAAAUGUGCUAGGUGGAGGAGAUUUAGCGGAG